UUAAAUGCAAUCAGACUUGGAAUGGAAUCAUCAGCUCUUAUAUUCGACUUGCUCGCCUUCACCUCAAUUCUACCACUGUUUCCGAUUAUUAUCGACUUUUAUGCGAAAGAUCCUGAUAGCAACUGUGGUCAUUAUGAUGAUAUUAGUAGUGGAUUGUUAGGAUCGUUAUUUUCUGCAUUGCAAUUUUUAUCAUCACCUGUGUUAGGUGCUUUAUCUGAUGUUUAUGGAAGAAAACCCAUUUUGAUUGUAUCACUUUGCGGGAGUUUGUGCAGCUAUUUGUUAUGGUACAAUGCAUCGAAAUUUUCAAUAUUUGUACUGUCACGUGUAAUUGGAGGUAUCAGUAAGGCGAGCACAUCAAUUUAUACAGCUAUAAUAUCGGAUUUGUACUCAGAGCAGAAUGUUGUCGGAAAAGGAAUGGUAUUUAUAUUCUUCAUUGUUUUUAUUAUCAUUACUUUAUUGCUAUAA